AUGGAGUUUGGAAAGUAAGACAUUAAUGGGGAUCUAAAUGGGGUGAAAAUGGAUAUAUUAGAUUGGCACCUGGAAAUACAUGUGGUGUUUGUGCAGCUGCUUCAUAUCCAAUUUUACAGAAAAAAUGAUCUUUAUUAUAUAUUUGAACAAGAUAUAUAUAUAUAAUUAUUAUAUUAAAAUAUAUAAUCAAAAUAAUGA